AUGAACGCUCCAGACAGAUUUGAGUUGUUCAUCUUGCCAGAUGGCGUUGAGAAAAUCAAAAUCAUUCCAGACACUAAAGUGCCAAACGCUGCCAUCAUCAAAAUCGAAAGAGAAGACCACACUCUAGCUAACUUAUUACGAGCCCAACUCGCCAAAGAUGACAGAGUUAUCUUUGCUGCCUACAAGGUUGAGCAUCCACUUUUUGCUAACUUCGUGUUGAGAAUCCAGACCGAUGACGACUACACUCCAAGAGACGCUUUGAAGAACGCCUGUUCCAACCUCAUUUCCGAAUUAGAUGUUCUCAAGACCAAGUUCAAGGAUGAAUGGGCUCUUAAAUCAUUGCUUAACAACGAUGAUUAUUAA